AACCCAAUUUAAAACUCAAAUAUCAAAAACAUUCUUAUAUUUAGCAGAGGCGUACGACGUAUAAAACAAAAAGAUAUAAGCCAUGUCGCUGGUCUUUAUCACACACCAUGAUGAGAACAUUUUCGAUGUGGAAAGCGAAAUGGACGAGGCGGCCCGUAUUGGGCACGGACGUAAGAAGUAUUCCUCGAAACAGUUGCUGGAAGGCAAUAAGAUCGCCCAAGAACUGCGCGAUCGCCUGAAUGCGGAGUUUAGGAAGACCGAAAUGGUGAUCCAAGAUGACGGAUUACGAUUGCUAUGCAGCGCGAGGAAGGCUGAUCAUCGCACCAUGGGCUGUGCCAAGACCCACAUAGAUCCGCCUUGCGCCUUCCUGCGCAAAAACCAGGGCGUUAAGUGGCGCCGUGAGAACGAGCAUGUGUGUCCCAAGGGUAUCCGGGAUAUGCCUCCAUUGCCACGUCGUCAGCCGACUCCGGGUCGUCCCACACGCUAUCCGAACUUUGUGAAACGCAACAUCCGUUGUGCUGGCAAAACGGUGCCCUGUCCCCCGCCGCCUCGGUAUGUGGAUACGCCGAUUGGCACACGCCAUAAUGUUCUCAACUCUGGACUGGUGCCGCAGUUCAUCUGUCGCAAGGAUUUCGGCAAGGUGCCCAUCUACCUCCAGAAGACUAAGAAGAUGUUGACGGAGACACGGGAAAAGUGCGUGAAGGAGGAGGAACGAAUGCGCACUUUGUGCCGCAUUCGAGAAUAUCGCACAGCCAAGACAACGGAUAUUCCGGGAAUGCGAUUAAUGGAGGCGCCCGAGCGUGCUGAAAUACUUGAGGGCUUGCGUCAGUAUCUCAAUGAGAUGACCAAGCAAUACCAAUCCAUGUCUCUGCUCAUUGAUACGGUGGCCAAGCGUCAGCGGAAGGGUAAAUUGGAAGCGGACCUUCGCCAAGCGGAGCAGGAUAUAUUGCUUAUGGAAACCAGUCCCGUUAUCUAUGUUUCGCAGUUUUGAAAGUCUUAUAGUAUACAUAUGUAAUUGUAACCCAGACACGCACAUUCUAAAUAAUGCACUUGACGACUGUGUGUUUGCGUCUGGCAGUUUGGGUGCCAUUUGGGUACCGCUUUGCCUCCAAAUUGCCAGACCUGAUCACACAGCGAAGCGAGUGCAACCAUUUUGAAUGCAACACACAAUGACACAACAGAAAGCAACUUAAUAAAAAAUUUCAUGUUUAUUUUUGGUCAUAUAUGUA